AAUUUACAGCAGCACAUGAAGGCCUCAUUGGUCACGUGAAAAAUCACAAGAAAAACGGAAGUGCGGCUGAGUUACAACUUGUAAAUAGAGAAUAAAAGGAAGAAUGACGACAGCAGCUCUAACUGCGGGUCUGGAGCGGAUCCCGGAUCAGCUCGGGUACCUGGUCAUCAGUGAAGACGGGGUUCUGGCCUCUGCAGGUGAGCUGGAGAACGAUGAACACACAGCAGGUGUGAUGAUGGAGAUGGUUCGAACAGCGAGUCGUUUCAAGUUACCUGGAUCAGCUGAUCCACCUUUCAAACGCAUGUCAGUGAUUCUGGAGGAAUUCGUUUACACGGUGACGGUUUCUGGUCAGAAAGUUUUCGUGGUCAAACGUCAGAACAACCAGCAGGAGCCAGUCAGUGUUUAAAAGAUUGAGGUCAGGUGGUCAUGAUGAUGAUGAUGAUGAUGAUGAUGAUGAUGAUGAUGGUGGUAAAGGUCAGGGGUCAACAGUUUGCCCAUCACAGUUAUCUGCAGCUGAUUUCUGAUCAGUUUCUAACUCUGGUGAACUCAGUAUGUGUUUGAUGUCCAUUGUUGUUUUGUCGUAUUAAAUCUGUUUGUCUCAAUAAAAUGAUUUGAGGUUU